GGCACCCGGGAGGAAGAGACGCGGCGGCGGCGACGCCGACACCUGUGGGACGAGCGUCCCGCCCUGCCUGCGAGCCCAGGGAGGAGGCGGCGAGGCCCGGCCCCCGCAGCCCCUGGUGUAGAAAGGUGACUCCCCGGCGCGCACCCUCAGGUCUCGUUCACGCUCGGGACCCCGCGCUGCGCCAUGUUCAAGAAACUGAAGCAGAAGAUCAGCGAGGAGCAGCAGCAGCUGCAGCAGGCGCUGGCCCCACCUCAGAUUAAAGGAGCCAGGCUGCUCGUUACAGAACUGAAUGAACUGGCAUCUCAGUAUCCAGCUGGGGUGUACAAGGCGUCCUCCAAUUCUUCAACACCAACAAGAACCAGAAGCAGGACGCCUUCGUUUACAGAGCAACUUGACGAAGGUACACCCAACAGAGAGCUACUAGCCGGAAUGAUAGCAGAGCCCGCCUUUCUUUCUGAGUAUACUAUCUUUGCUUUGGAUCCCUCCAAACAGCUUAAAACAAAGACUGACAGUGUGAAUGCAUCUAUCCAUGUCACGAAAUCUUCCGAAAGUGUUAAUGGAAGUGAACCAUCUACUCCCCAGCCAGGUGACACGCAAUCUUUUGCACAGAAGCUCCAGCUCCGGGUACCUUCUGUGGAGUCUUUGUUCCGAAGUCCAAUAACGGAGUCCCUAUUCCGAUCUUCCUCUAAAGAGUCCUUGGUACGAACGUCUUCCAGAGAGUCCCUGAAUCGACUUGACCUGGACUUAUCUCCUGCCACCUUUGAUCCCCCCUCCGAUAUGGAGAGCGAGGCUGAAGACUCACUAGGGAAUUCAGACAGUCUCAACAAAGAGCAGUUAAUUCAACGGCUGCGAAGAAUGGAACGGAGUUUAAGUAGCUACAGAGGAAAAUACUCUGAGCUUGUUACAGCUUAUCAGACUCUUCAGAGAGAGAAGAAAAAGCUACAAGGUAUAUUAAGUCAGAGUCAGGAUAAAGCCCUUCGCAGAAUUGCAGAAUUAAGAGAGGAGCUCCAGAUGGACCAGCAAGCAAAGAAACAUCUCCAGGAGGAGUUUGAUGCGUCUUUAGAGGAGAAGGACCAGCAUAUCAGUGUUCUCCAGACUCAGGUUUCUCUGCUAAAACAUCGACUACAAAAUGGCCCGAUGAACGCUGAUAUACUUAAACCACUCCCCCAGGUGGAGCCACAGGCUGAAAGCGUCUCUAAGGAAGAGAAUGCGGAGAGCAGUGCAGAGCCCGCAGUAGCUGGAGAUGGACCCUCUUCUAAAACACUGGAAGCGCUUCAGCAGAGAGUGAAGCGUCAGGAGAAUCUCCUUCAGCGCUGUAAGAAAACAAUCCAUUCGCAUAAGGAGCAGUGCACCCUGUUAACCAGUGAAAAAGAAGCAUUGCAAGAGCAACUGGAGGAGCGGCUGCAAGAGCUAGAAAAAACGAAGGAGCUUCAUAUGGCUGAGAAGACUAAACUUAUCACUCAGUUGCGUGAUGCAAAGAACUUAAUUGAACAGCUUGAACAAGAUAAGGGAAUGGUGAUAGCAGAGACAAAGCGUCAGAUGCACGAAACUCUGGAGAUGAAAGAAGAAGAAAUCGCUCAGCUUCGCACCCGCAUCAAGCAGAUGACUGCCCAGGGGGAGGAGCUACGGGAGCAGAAGGAAAAGUCUGAGAGAGCUGCUUUUGAAGAACUUGAAAGAGCCUUGAGUACAGCCCAAAAAACAGAAGAAGCUCGGAAAAAAAUGAAGGCAGAAAUGGAUGAACAAAUCAAAGCUAUUGAGAAGACGAGUGAGGAGGAGCGUGUCACCCUUCAGCAGGAGUUAAGUCGGGUGAAACAGGAGGUUGUGGAUAUCAUGAAAAAAUCCUCAGAAGAGCGAACGGCUCAGCUGCAGAAGCUUCACGAAGAGGAACUGGCCCGCAGAGAGCAGGAGCUGACCAAGAAGCUUCAGGCCCGAGAAAGGGAAUUUCAGGAGCAAAUGAAAGCAGCUCUUGAAAAGAGUCAGUCAGAAUAUUUGAAGAUCACCCAAGAAAAGGAACAGCAAGAAUCUUUGGCCCUGGAAGAGCUGGAGUUGCAGAAAAAAGCAAUUCUCACAGAGAGUGAAAAUAAACUUCGGGACCUUCAGCAAGAAGCAGAGACUUACAGAACUAGAAUUCUUGAAUUGGAAAGUUCCUUGGAAAAAAGCUUACAAGAAGGUAAAACCCAAUCGGAAGAUUUAGCUAUCCAUUUGGAAGCUGAAAAAAAUAAGCACAAUAAAGAAAUCACGAUCAUGGUUGAAAAACACAAGACAGAACUGGAAAGUCUGCAGCGGCAGCAGGAUAACAUUUGGACUGAAAAACUCCAAGUCUUAAAGCACCAGCAUCAGACAGAAAUGGAAAAACUCAGAGAAAAAUGUGAACAAGAAAAGGAAGCAUUGUUGAAAGACAAGGAGAUUCUCUUCCAGUCCCACAUAGAAGAGAUGAAUGAAAAAACUUUAGAAAAGCUUGAUGUGAAACAAAUAGAACUGGAAUCCUUAUCUUCUGAGCUGUCCGAAGUGUUAAGAGUCCGCCACAAUCUAGAAGAAGAACUUUCUGCACUGAAGGCUCAAGCAGAUAAAGUGAAGCAGGAAUUAGAGGCCAGGCUGGAUGAACAGAAAAGUCAGCACCAGCAGCAAGUUGACAGUAUCGUUAAAGAUCAAGAGAUGUCUAUCCAGAAAACUGAGAAAGCAUUAAAAGAUGAAAUUAAUCAACUUGGGCUCCUUCUAAGGGAAAAGGACCAGCGUUUAAAAGAGUAUCAGACUCGUGUGGAGAAUCUAGAGGCAGAUCUCCAAAGGUCUGAAGGGGAGCUCCAGCAGACCUCUGCUAAGGUGGACCUUUUUCAGUCAUACCAGAGCACUUCACAGGAGCAGGCAAAAGCUUAUGAGGAGCAGUUGGCCCAACUGCAGCAAAGAUUGUCGGGUUUAGAAACAGAAAGACUUCUCCUUACGAAGCAGGUAGCUGAAGUUGAAACACAGAAGAAAGAUGUUAGUGCCGAGUUAGACACUCACAAAAUCCAGGUCCGGGACUUAAUACAGCAACUUGAAAAGCAGAAUAGUGAAAUGGAGCAAAAAAUAAAAUCUCUAACCCAACUCUAUGAGUCCAAACUGAAAGAUAAUAACAUAGAGCAGGAACAGACAAAGCAAAUCUUGAUGGAAAAGGAAAAUUUAAUUUUACAAAUGAGAGAAGGACAAAGCAAAGAAAUUGAGAAAAUCAAACAGAAGUUGUCGGCCAAGGAGGACAGUAUUAGUAUUUUGCAUGAGGAGUAUGAAACCAAAUUUAAAAACCAAGAAAAAAAGAUGGAAAAAAUUAAGCAGGAAGCAAAGGAGAUACAAGAAACGUUAAAGAAGAAAUUGUUGGAUCAGGAAGCCAAACUUAAAAAGGAGCUUGAAAAUACCGUUCUAGAGCUGAGUCAGAAGGAAAAACAGUUCAAUGCGAAAAUCUUGGAAAUGGCACAGGCAAACUCAGCUGGAAUCAGCGAUGCAGUGUCAAGACUGGAAAUGAACCAGAAGGAGCAAAUAGAAAGUCUUACGGAGGUGCACCAGCGAAAACUUAGUGAUGUCGUAUUAAUCUGGGAAAAGAAACUUAAUCAGCAAGCCGAAGAACUUCGGGAGAAACAUGCAAUUCAUUUACAGGAAAAAGAACACGAGGUGGCAGAACUGAAACAAAAGAUCCUCAUAUUUGGGUAUGAAAAAGAAGAGAUGAACAGGGAAAUAGCGUGGCUGAAGGAGGAAGGUGUAAAACAGGAUACAGCACUGAAUGAAUUACAGGAACAGUUAAAACAGAGGUCUGCUGAUUUGAAUUCUCUCUCGCAAAAUGAAGAUACCCUGAAAGCACAACUUGAAAAGCUAGAGGUCGACCUGAAUCAUUCUCUGAAGGAAAAUACUUUUCUUCAAGAGCAGUUAACUGAACUAAAGACACUGGCAGAACAAGAUAAGCUUAAGGUUUCUGAGCUGACUGACAAAUUGAAGGCCACUGAUGAUGAAUUCCAGAGUUGGAAAUCUUCACAUAAAGAAAGUAAGAAAAACCUAGAGGACAAAAGCUUGGAAUUCAAGAAACUGUCUGAGGAGCUAGCAACACAGCUAGAUAUUUAUUGCAAGAAAACUGAAGCCUUAUUGCAAGUUAAAACAAAUGAGCUAGUCAACGUUAGUAACAGCAAAAUUAAUGUCAUGCUUUCUAGAAUUUCCCGUUGUCAGCUCCACACAACUAAAGUUAAGGAGACACUGUUAAUUCAAACUUGCAAAGUUUCUGAAUUAGAAGCACAAAUUAGACAGCUGACAGAAGAGCAAAAUACACUAAAUAGUUCUUUUCAACAGGCUACCCAUCAGUUAGAAGAAAAAGAAAAUCAAAUUAAGAGCAUGAAGGCUGAUAUUGUAGGUCUUGUAACGGAAAAAGAAGCCUUACAGAAGGAAGGAGGCCAUCAGCAACAGGCUGCCUCUGAAAAGGAGUCUUGCAUCACCCAGCUAAAGAAAGAGUUAUCUGAAAACAUCAAUGCUGUCACGUCGAUGAAAGAAGAGCUUAAAGAGAAAAAAUCUGAGAUCAGCAGUCUUAAUAAACAGCUAACCGACUUGAACGAUCAGCUUCAGAAUAGCAUUAGCCUGGUGGAAAAAGAAGCAGCCAUUUCCUCACUAAGUAAGCAAUACGAUGAAGAACAGCGGGGGUUGCUGGAGCAGGUGCAGGCUUUAUCUCUGAAAGUCGAAACUCUGAGUAAAGAGAAGAUUUCUGCCCUCGAGCAGGUAGAUCACUUGUCCACCAAGUUCUCAGAAUGGAAGAAGAAAACACAGUCAAGAUUUACACAGAAUCAAAAUACUAUUAAAGAGUUGGAGGUGCAGCUUGAUUUAAAAACGAAGGAAGCCAGUGAAAAGGACGAGCAGAUACAUUUUCUGAAGGAAGACCUUGGUCAGCAAAAUAAAAGAUUUGAAUGUUUGAAGGGCGAAAUGGAGGAUAAGAAGAGCAAGAUGGAGAAAAAGAAGUGUAAUUUAGAGACUGAGUUAAAAACUCAAACAGCAAGAAUUAUGGAGUUAGAGGGACACAUUACUCAGAAAACAGCUGAACUUGAGUCCUUACGUGAAGUCCUUGAAAAUUGCAAACAACAGAAGGAUACUGAACGGGAAGAACUGGUUCAGAAACUUCGGCACGUUCAAGAGUUAGAAGAAGAAAAGGACAACAGGGUUAUAGAAGCUGAAGAAAAAGUCUUGAGGCUUGAAAAGCAAGUGUCUUCCAUGAAAUCUGAGCUUGAAACUAAGACUAAAGAGUUAGAACAUGUGACUUCCAGUGUGAAAAGCAAAGACGAGGAGUUAAAGGCACUGGAAAACAGACUGGAGUUGGAAAGUGCUGCAAAAUUAGCAGAACUGAAGAAAAAAGCUGAACAAAAAAUUGCUGCCAUUAAGAAGCAGUUGUUAUCGCAAAUGGAAGACAAAGAACAGCAAUAUAAAAAAGACAGAGAAAGCCACUUAAGUGAGCUAAAUACGAAAUUGCAGGAAAGAGAGAGGGAAGUUCUCAUCUUGGAAGAAAAACUUAAGUCAGUAGAAAGCUCACCACAACCAGGAAUAUCAGUUGUACCCAGAUCAGCCAAAAACUGGGCAGUAGGUACCAUGCCAGAAGAAACAGAUGCCCAAGGCCGUGUGCAGGGGGCCUAUGAAGACAAAAUCAGGGUUUUACAAAGAACUUUAACUGAAAAAGAGACUCUGUUACAGAGGCUAGAGCAGGAAAAAGAAGAGACAAUUUCUUCCGAUUCUGAAAUGCUGUGCAAAUACCAGGAGCUCUUAAUAAAGUUAGAACGUGCUGAAACAAAGCAGCGCGAGGAUCAAGUUAUGAUAGACCGUCUUAAAGAAGAACUUGAAGAGAAAAACAAGGCAUAUUCCUUGAUAGUAUCCCAGCACGUGGAAGAAGGGGAGAAAAAUAACAUUGGGGCAAAGCAGACCUUGGGAAAUGUGGUUGACGAGGUCCAGAAAACCCUCCAGGAGAAGGAGCUAACCUGUCAGACCUUGGAGCAGAAGAUAAUAGAGCUGGAUUCCUGCUUAGUAAGAGAGAAGGAAGUACAUAGAGUUGAAAUGGAAGAGUUGACCUCAAAGUAUGAAAAAUUACAGGCUUUACAGCAACAGAUGGACGGAAAAAAUAAACCCACAGAAGCUCUGGAGGACAGUGCUGAACGAGAGCUGAAAUCACGUGUGGCCCAGCCCACCUCGCUUGGCAGCGUGGAGGCCCGGCACGACGACCUGGGACUUCAGUUAGCAGGUGCGGAGCGGGAGAACCAGAGGCUGAGCAAGGAGAUGGCAAGACUUCAGAAGGACCUUCGGAUGUUACGGAAGGAGCACCAGCAAGAACUGGUUAUAGUAAAGAAAGAAUACGAACAGGAAAUGGAAGAGAAAAUCAAACAGGAACAAGAAGACUUUGAGUUGAAGCACAAUUCCACAUUAAAGCAGCUCAUGAGGGAGUUUAACACGCAGCUGGCACAGAAGGAGCAGGAGCUGGAAAUGACCAUAAAGGAAACCAUUAAUAAGGCCCAGGAGGUGGAGGCUGAACUUUUGGAAAGCCAUCAAGAAGAGACAAAUCAGUUACAUAAAAAGAUCGCAGAGAAAGAAGAUGAUCUAAAAAGAACAGCCAAAAGAUACGAAGAAAUCCUUGAUGCUCGUGAAGAAGAAAUGACUGCGAAGGUAACGGAGCUGCAGAGUCAACUCGAGGAGCUACAGAAGAAAUAUGAGCAGGGGCGACAGCAGGAGGAGAACCCUGGCAGCGAUCAAGUAACAAUUAUGGAGCUACAGACACAGCUCGCACAGAAGAGCACGCUUAUCAGUGAUUCAAAGUUGAAAGAGCAGGAGUUCAGAGAGCAGAUUCACAAUUUAGAAGACCGUUUGAAGAAAUACGAGAAGAACGCCUAUGCAAAAACUGUGGGGCCACCUUACAAAGGUGGCAAUUUGCAUCAUACAGAUAUCUCGCUCUUUGGAGAACCUACCGAAUUUGAGUAUUUGCGAAAAGUGCUUUUUGAGUACAUGAUGGGUCGUGAGACUAAGACCAUGGCAAAGGUUAUAACCAGUGUGCUGAAGUUUCCUGAUGACCAGACUCAGAAAAUUUUAGAGAGAGAAGAUGCUCGGCUAACGUUCACUUCACCUCGCGGUGGUAUCUUCUGAGUAAACCAUCAGUCUGUGCUUAGUUAGCAUGUGUCCUGGCUCCGAGCUUCAUCUUGAAGAAAUGGGGAGAGUGAUGUUGGUCAAGCCUGCUGCUUGGAAAACUGUCCACAUUUGUAAUUCUUUGAGAAUGAAGCCGUUAUUUAGGGCCCCUCGUGUAGCCAAAAGAACGAGAAAAGUCUGACGUUGGCCCAGAUUGCCUUUAAAGUAGAUUAUGUCAGCAGAGAAAUGGUGACAGUUUUUUUCUUUUUUUCUUCAGUUUUCUGUUGGGAAGAAUUUUAUGUUGUUUAAAAGAUAUUUUUAAUGACUUAACCUGGUUUAUGAUCUCACCUAGUGUCCCUUCUAUUCUUUUUGUCCCUCUUUUUACAGAACUGCUUGCCUUUCCUAUUUAUUUUUAAGGUGAUUUUUUAAAAAGACUUGUGCAAUACAUUUUGAGGUGAAACUUAGUGGCUUUUUUCUGAUAAAUUAGAGCAUUUAAUUGACUAUUUUCUCCAGAUUUGUUGAAUAUUUGCUAAAGACUAGCUCUUAAAGCUCUGACAUAAAUCCAAACGGCAGUACCUCAUUGUUUACUCAGCUUUCGUACUUAUACUUUUCAGAGGAAAAAAUACUACUGUAAAUUGUAAAUAGUCAACAUGUAAUUGUAUGCAGAUCUGUGACUGCUGACAACGUCAUCUCCAAGGAACAGAUAAAUAAAGUUUAUUUACUAUAUAAAAUUUGCUUAUUGUUCUCCUUCCUAAGUUGAAAUUUAUUUCAAAAUGGUCAAGAAUCUUUGUUCUAUCUAGAUGAAUAUAGUGAUGCACUGUUUGUCAGGAUAGCCAAAUGCUGAGCAUAGGAAAGAUUUUGUUCUCUUCUAAAUUAGCGUGACCAAAUUAGAAGACAUACAGAAAAAAAGCCGUCCUGGUAUCCGUUUUAGCUUCCUGCCAUCUUGGGGUCACCUUCUCUCUCUGGAAUAGACUGUACUUUGAAUGUUUUUAAACUCGGUGAGAGAAAUUUCUGGACACCAAGAGAUGGGAACUGUUCAGAGUGCUUCAUGUACCUUUUAUUUUCUUGGAAACACAGUAGUCAAAUAAUAUCUAGUAUCAACUAGAUAUACUAGAUAUUAUUUAUACUAGAUAUUGCUUGUAUAACCUCUCCCUCCAGGUGGAGCCUCAGUCAUCCAGUCUGCACUUUAGAGCUGCUGGUGUGUCUCACACUGUGGUGGGGAAGGGGGCCUUCUGGGGAGCAGGUGACCAAGGCGUUGCCCAUAGCCCACAGCCAACUCCUUUGGAAGCAAGGGAAGAGGGUCUUCUUCAUCUUUUUUUUUUUUUUUAGUCAGAAUUUACUUAAGUUGGCAAAACUUGUCCCACUGAAAGGUUUCUGACAACGGACAUGAUUUCUUACCCUUUUUUUAUAUCUUUUUCUAGGGUAGAAACUGUUAGCUGUUAGUGGAAUCCCUGUAUGACUUCCUACAAUUUCAUCCUAACCCAUUUAUGGAGACAAGCAUAUCAAAAAGAGCAGGGGUCAGCAACCUUUUUUUAUACUGGGCCAGAUAGUAAAUGUCUUCGACUUUAGGUGCCACGCAGUCUGUGUUGCAACCUCUCCACUCUGCUGUUAUGGUGUAAAAGCAGCCAUAGAUGAUACAUAAAUGAAUUCACACAACUGUUUUCCAGUAGGAAACCCUGGUGGUGUAGUGCUUAGGAGCUAUGGCUGCUAACCAAAAGGUUGGCAGUUCGAGUCCACCAGCCUGCUUCUUCGAAACUCUAUGGGGCAGUUCUACUCUGUCCUGUAGGGUUGCUAUGAGUCGGAAUCAACUCAACCGUAAUGGGUUUGGUAUUCCAAUAAAACUUUACUAAUGAGAAAAAGCAGCAGGCCAGAUUUGGCUUGAAAGCUGCGGUUUGCCAACCCCUGAAAAAGAAAACCAGCUGAAUUUUAAACAUGGAGAUGGGGGAGGGACAACAAUCAGUUGACGUACAGGGAUUAGUACUCAUUUUUCCAGCUGUUUCUUCUCAUUUUGAGUCGUGCCACAUCAGCAAAUGAUGUGCAGCAAACACAGCUCACCUCAAUUAAGAACACUGGUGACGCUCUCCCUGUUACUGCAGCAAGGAGGCUAGAGCACUACGUUGUGCUCAGUGUCAGGGUCCAAGGCCCCCUGUCACUACGUCCGUGUGUGAUGCCUGGGAUAUGACUGAGGUCGCCGACAAUAGUUAUUGGACACGUUUGCAUCAUGUAUUACAGCUUGCUGAGUACUUUCCCUUUCACUCUGACUAAUACUUUCAGACAAACAAGUUUCUGAUGACUGAGGGUUGGUCCAAGGACACUGAGAGAAAGCUGUGAUCCCAGAGCUUCGAUCCAGAUGCCAGGGUUGUAAACCCAAGGCUGUCUCCAAGUCCUAUGACUGCAGCUUACAAAAAGGUUGACAUGGAAAAUUUGUUAGGAAACAAGCAUUUCACUGUGAUAGGUGUCUGUCAGUUUGUGUCGUACUGUGGGGGCUAGUGUGUUGCUGUGAUGCUGAAAGCUGUACCACUGGUAUUCAGAUACCAGCAGGGUCACCCAUGGAGGACAGGUUUCAGCUGAUCUUCUAGACUAAGACUAGGAAGAAGGACCUGGCAGUCUACUUCUGAAAAGCAUUAGGCAGUGAAAACCUUAUGAAUAGCAGCGGAACAUUGUCUGAUACAGUGCUAGAAGAUGAGCCCCCCAGGUUGGAAGGCCCUCAAAAGAUGACUGGGGAAGAGCUGCCUCCUCAAAGUAGAGUCGACCUUAAUGACAUGGAUGGACUAAAGCUUUGGGGACUUUCAUUUGCUGAUGUGGCACGACUCAAAAUGAGAAGAAACAGCUGCAAACAUCCAUUAAUAAUCAGAACCAGGAAUGUAGGAAGUAUGAAUCUAGGAAAAUUAGAAAUCUUCAAAAAUGAAAUGGAAUGCAUAAACAUCGAUAUCCUAGGCAUUAGUGAGCUGAAAUGGGCUGGUAUUGGCCAUUUUGAAUCAGACAAUCAUAUAGUCUACUAUUCUGGGAAUGACAACUCGAAGAGGAAUGGUAUUGCAUUCAUCGUCAAAAAGAACAUUUCAAGAUCUAUCCUGAAGUAACUACGCUAUCAGUGAUAGGAUAAUAUCCACGCUCCUAAAAGGAAGACCAGUUAAUACAACUGUUAUUCAAAUUUACGCACCAACCACUAGGGCCGAAGAUGAAACAGGAGAUUUUUAUCAGCUGCUGCAGUCUGAAAUUGAUUGAACACACAAUCAAGAUGCAUUGAUAAUUACUGGUGAUUGGAAUGCGAAAGUUGGAAACAAAGAAGAAGGAUCAGUAGUUGGAAAAUAUGACCUUGGUGACAGAAACAAUGGUGGAGAUCGAAUGAUAAUUUUGCAAGACCAACGACUUCGUCAUUACAAAUACCUUCUUUCACCAACAUAAACUGACUAUACACAUAGACCUCACAAGAUGGAACACACAGAAAUCAAAUUGACUACAUCUGUGGAAAGAGGCAAUGGAAAAGCUCAAUAUCAUCAGCCAGAACAAGGCCAGGGGCCGACUGUGGGACACACCAUCAAUUGCUCAUAUGCAAGUUCAAGCUGAAACUGAAAAAAUUAGAGCAAGUCCACGAGAGCCAAAAUACAACUUUGAGUAUAGCCCACCUGAAUUUAGAGACCAUCUGAAGAAUAGAUUUGACGCAUUGAACACUAGUGACCGAAGACCAGAUGAGUUGUGGAAUGACAUCAAGGGCAUCAUCCAUGAAGAAAGCAAGAGGUCAUUGAAAAGACAGGAAAGAAAGAAAAGACCGAGAAAAAUGUCAGAGGAGACUCUGAAACUUGCUCUCGAACGUCGAGCAGCUAAAGCAAAAGGAAGCAUUGAUGAAGUAAAAGAACUGAACAGAAGAUUUCAAAGGGCCUCUUGAGAAGACAAAAUAAAGUAUUAUAAUGACACGUGCAAAGAGCUGGAGAUGGAAAACCAAAAGGGAAGAACACGCUUGGCAUUUCUCAAGCUGAAAGAACUGAAAAAAAAAUUCAAGCCUCGAGUUGCAAUAGUGAAGGAUUCUAGGGGGAAAAUAUAAAAUGACACAGGAAGCAUCAAAAGAAGAUGGAAGGAACAUACAGAGUCAUUAUACCAAAAAGAAUUAGUCGAUGUUCAACCACUUCAAGAGGUAGCAUAUGAUCAGCAACCGAUGGUCCUGACCCGACAGCACUGGGUUUGGGUUUUUUUUGGUCAUGAGCAUAACUGCCGCCUAUCCCACCUCAUUAACGUAGAGGUACGAUUUACAACACAUCCCAACCCAGUGUCGUGGAGUGGAUUCCGACUCAUAGUGACCCUAUAGGACAGAGUAGAACUUCCCCAUAGAGUUCCCAAGGAUUUGAACUUCUGACCCUUUGGUUAGCAGCCGUAGCACUUAACCACUAUGCCACCAGAGUUUCCUUACAACACAUAGGAAAAUCACAUCAGAUGACAAAAUGCUGGACAGUCAUACAAUACUGGGAAUCAUGGCCUAGCCAAAUUGAUACACACAUUUUUGGGGGACACAAUUCAAUUCAUGACAGGUGCUAUCAAGUCCCAGCUCAUAGCAACCCUGCGUACAAAAUGCUGCCUGAUCCUGUGCCAUCCUCACAGUCGUUGCUAUGUUUGAGCCCAUUGUUGCAGUCACUGACAAUCCAUCUCGUUGAGGGUCUUCCCCUUUUUUGCUGUCCCUCGACUUGACCAAGCGUGAUAUCCUUCUCCAGGGACUGGUUCCUCCUGAUAGCAUGUCCAAAAUAAGUGAGACAAAGUCUUGCCAUUCUUGCUUCUAAAGAGCAUUGUGGCUGUACUUCCUCCGAGAAAGUUUUGUUCAUUCUUCUGACAGCCCAUGGUGUAUUCAAUAUUCUUUGCCAGCACCAUAAUUCAAAUGAGUCAGUUCUUAGAUCUUCCUUGUUCAUUGUCCAGCUUUUGCAUCCUAUGAGGCAAUUGAAAAUACCGUGGCCAGGGUCAGGCUCACCUUAGUCCUCAAAGUGACAUCUUUGCUUUUUAACACUUUGAAGAGGUCUUUUGCAGCUGAUUUGUCCAAUGCAAUAAUGUCAUUUGAUUUCUUCACGGCCACUUCCAUGGGUAUUAAUGGUGGGUCCAAGUAAAUGAAUUCAUUGACAACUUCAGUAUUUUCUCCAUUUAUCAUGACGUUGAUUAUUGGUCCAGUUGUGCGGAUUUUUGUUUUCUUUAUAUUGAGGUGCAAUCCAUACUGAAGGCUGUGGUCUUUGGUUUUCAUCAGUAAGAGCUUCGAGUCCUCUUCACUUUCAGCAAGCAGGGUUGUGUCUUCUGCAUAACACAGGCUGUUAAUGAGUUUUCCUCCAAUCCUCAUGUUGCGUGCUUCUUCAUAUAGUCCAGCUUCUCAGAUUAUUUGCUCAGCAUACAGAUUGAAUAAGUAUGGUGAAAGGACAUGACCCUGAUACACACCUUUCCUGACAGCAGUUCCUGGCAUGCAGAAUCCCCUUGUUCUGUUCAAACGACUGCCUUUUGGUCUGUGUACAGUUCCUCAUGAGCACAAUUAAAUGUUCUGGAAUUCCCAUUCUUCACAAUGUUAUCCAUAAUUUUUAAUGAUCCACACAGUCAAAUGCCUUUCCAUAGUCAAUAAAAGACAGGUAAACAUCUUUCUGGUAUUCUCUGCUUUCAGCCAGGCUCCAUCCGAUGUCAGCAGUGAUAUCCCUUGCUCCAUGUCCUCUUCAGAAUCCAGCUUGAAUUUUUGGUAGUUCUUUGUUGAUCUACUGCUGCAACCACUUUUGAAUGAUCUUCAACUAAAUUUUACUUGUGUGUGAUAUUAACGAUAUUGUUUGAUACUUUCCACAUUCCACUGGAUCACUUUUCUUUGGAAUGGGCACAGAUAUGGAUCUCUUUCAGUCUGUUGGCCAGGUGGCUGUCUUCCAGAUUUCUCGGCAUGGACGAGUAAGCACAUACAGUGGCUGCAUCCAUUUGUUGAAACAUCUCAUUUGGUAUUCUGUCGAUUCCCGGGGCCUUGUUUUUCCACAGUGUCUUCAGUACAGCUUGGACUUUUUCCUUCAGAACCAUUGGUUCUUGAUCAUAUUGCUACCUCCUGAAAUGGUUGAAUGUUGACCAAUUCUUUUUCAUAUGGUGACUCUAUAUAUUCCAACUUCUUUUGAUGCUUCCUGUGUAGUUCAACAUUUUGCCCAUAGAAUCCUUCAGUAUUGCAACUUGAGGCUUGAAUUUUUUCUUUGGUUCUUUCAGCUUGAGAAAUGCCACACGUGUUCUUCACUUUUGGUUUUCUAUCUCCAGGUCUUUGCACAUUUUAUUAUAAUACUUUGUCUUCUGGAGCUGUCCUUCGAAAUCUUAUGUUCAGUUCUUUGUCUUCAUCAUUUUUUCCAUUUCCUUUAGUUACUCUACGUUCAAGAGCAAGUUUCAGAGUCUCUUCUGACAUCCAGUUCAAUCUUUUCUUUGUUUUUAACUCUUUAGUUACUGUUGGUCUAACGGUAUACAAUUCACUUUUUAUGCCUCUGGACCUCGUAGGUAGUACAUUAUUCUGGUUCUAAUGCAUUUAGCAUCAAGGCAGGUCUCUUUUGAAAUGCAUGAAGCUCAGCAGACUGGAGCUGGAGCCUCAUUGCUGUGUAGGUUGAGCAUUCUAUUAGGUGAUGCUUCCUGGAUGUGUUGGUUUUGUAAGCUUUUGCCUUUUUCCCUUGAUUUCUGUGAGAUAAGGCUUGCAAGCAUAAUUAUGGCUACCCUAUGUGAUAGCUGAGGAUCCCUGAUGGGUUUGUUUUGGCUUUUUUGUAUCAUAUUUGGAAAACCAGAGGUUCCCAUGUAACCUAAUGGAAAGGCAUCCACAAAAAAAUUUUCUAUUUAGUUCUUAUUGUUAUAUUGUCAUACUACAGAUCAGUGGCACCAGAGUGCCACUUGCCUUAUUAGUGGCUUGUGUUACCAGAUUGUAUUUCCCAAAAUCCAUAUUACCAACCAAAGAUUGGUUGGAAGAAGGACCUAGCGAUCUACUUCUGAAAAGAAUUAGCCAGUGAAAACCUUAUGAAGAGCAGUAGAACAUUGUCUAAUAUAGUGCCGGAAGAUGAGCCCCUCAGAUUGGAAGGCACUUAAAAUACGACUGGGGAAGAGCUGCCUCCUCAAAGUGGAGUCCUACUUUAAUGACCUGGGUGGAGUCAAGCUUCCGGGACCUUCAUUUGCUGAUGUGGCACGACUCAAAAUGAGAACACACAGCUGCAAACAUCCAUUAAUAAUCAGAAUGCAGAGUGUAUGAAGUAUGAAUCUAGGAAAAUUGGAAAUUGUCAAAAUGAAAAUGGAAAACGUAAACAUCGAUACCUUAGGCAUUAGUGAGAUGAAAUGGACCGGUAUUGGCUAUUUUAGAAUCAGACAAUCAUGGUCUACUAUGCCGCAAACGACAACUUGAAGAGGAAUGACGUUGCAUUUAUUGUCAAAAAGAACAUUUCACAAUCUAUCCUGAAGCACAACGCUGUCAGUGGUUAGAUAAUAUCCAUACCUCUACAAGGAAGAACAGUUAAUAUGAUGAUUAUUCAAAUUUAUGCACCAAUGACUAAGGCCAAUUAUGAAGACAUUGAAGAUUUUUUACCAACUUCUGCAAUCUGAAAUUGAUCAAACAUGCGACCAGGAUGCAUGGAUAAUUACUAGUGAUUGGAAUGUGAAAGUUGGAAACAAAGGAUCAGUAGUUAGAAAAUACGGCCUUGGUGAUAGAAAAGAUGCUGGUGAUCACAUGAUAGAAUUCUGCAAGACCAAUGACUUCUUCAUUGCAGAUACCUUUUUUCACCAACAAACGGCAAGUAUACAUGUCAUCAUGCCAGAUGAAAUACACAGGAAUCAAAUUGAGUACAUCUGUGGAAAGAGAUGAUGGAAAAGCUCAGUAUCAUCAGUCAGAACAAGGCCGGGGCCAACUACAGAACAGACCAUCAAUUGCUUGUAUGCACGUUCAAGUUGAAACUGAAGAAAAUUAGAACAAGUCCACGAGAGCCAAAGUACAACCUUGAGUAUAUCCCACCUGAAUUUAGAGACCAUCUCAAGAAUAGACUUGAUGUAGCAAGGUGUAUAUAAAUUUUUGUGUGAGAGACUGACUUGAUCUGUAAACUUUCACUUAAAGCACAAUAAAAAUUAAAAAAAAAAAAAAA